AUGGGCGCUAGCAGCUCGUGUGCGGAACUCGUCAUGCCAACGGGGAAGGAUGCCAUCAGGCCAUGGGCCCUCAGCGACGCGAGCUCCGACAGCGAAGUGGAAGGAGCAGAACCACUGCGCUCUUCCCCGUCCCCGGCCUUGCCGGACCCUGCAAUCAUUAAGCACGUGAGCGUGGAACAGUACCUGGAGCUGGCCCAGCGCCUGCGCAUCACCGCCACCGAUCGAGACAGACUUGAUGGAGAGCUUCAAGCUGCGCGGCGGCAGCUUGAAGAGUCGAGCAGCGCCCACAGCGAGUUGACAAAGCAUCACGCGAACGAAUCUCGCGAUAGGAAGGAGGCAGAGGCGCAGCGAGAUCAGCAUGCUUCCAACUUGAGCAAAAUUCGCAAAAGCUUCGCUGUUGUUAGCGACAGCCAAGAGACAUUGAAGGCAGAGUUGGCAAGCGUGAAGGCCAGCGAAAGUCGCCUGCAAAGCAUGGUUGAGCGGCACAGGGAUCAAUUUGCAAAGCUCCGAGCUGAACAUGAGAAGCUUGUGAGCCUCAUGGCCUUGCAGCGCAAGCAGAUGCAAGUGUUAGGAACCUUGUCCUGCCCGCAAUGUGCGCUAAAGGCCAGGGAGAUCGGAGCAGUACGGGACUUCUUUGAAGAAGCCGGCCAAAGAUAA